CGAUUGUUGGGCUGGCUUAGUGUUGAUUGAGCUGCUGAAGGCAAUAAAUCAUCAAUAAUGCGCAAGGAGACGAUUUUCAUUUGCCUCAUCCUGGCCGCCUGCUGCUGCGCUUAUCCGCAGAGCACGGAGGCACCGUCCUCAACGACUACGCCAAAGCCCGAUGUGGAUGAAAAUCCAAGCAGCAGUACGACAACAACGAUCAUCUCUACAACAGAGAAACCCAAGUCUGAGUUGGAAGCAUCGAUCACGCCCAACUCAGAUGCAUCGAGCACCGCCCUGAAAGACAAUAUUGCAUCGAGCACUACGCCCAACUCGGAGGCAUCUAGCACCGCCCUGAAGGGCGACAAUGCAUCGAGCACCGCCCCGAAAGACAACAAUGCAUCGAGCACUACGCCCAACUCAGAUGCAUCGAGCACCGCCCUGAAAGAGAAUAUUGCAUCGAGCACUACGCCCAACUCGGAGGCAUCUAACACCGCCCUGAAGGGCGACAAUGCAUCGAGCACCGCCCAGAAAGACAACAAUGCAUCGAGCACUACGCCCAACUCAGAUGCAUCGAGCACCGCCCUGAAAGACAAUAUUGCAUCGAGCACUACGCCCAACUCGGAGGCAUCCAGCACCGCCCUGAAGGGCGACAAUGCAUCGAGCACCGCCCCGAAAGGCGACAAUGCAUCGAGCACCGCCCUGAAAGGCGACAAUGCAUCAGGCACUACUCCCAACUCAGAUGCAUCGAGCACAACGCCUAAGGACGACGAUGCCGAGGUUAAGGAGCUGCUGGCCAAGUGCGAGCAGCUGCGCCGGCGCCGUAAGCGGGACAGCUCCUCGUCUGAGGAGGACGAGGACAGCCACGAGCAGAAGUCAGUCAAGAAGGAGCGCAAGAAGCUGAAGAAGAUGUGCAAGGAGCUCAAGAAGCAGCAGGAGCGCAAACAGCAGCGGCAGGGAUCGGAAAACCUACGCGAGCUAGCGCAGGCUCUGCACAGCUACCAGAUGAAGCAGAGGGAGCGCAAUGAUCGCAGGAGGAACUAAACGAUCAAUUGCACAAAAAGAUAUUGAGUUCUUUUUUUUUUUUUUUUUUU